UGUUUGAUGGUUAUCAAUAAAAAUAAAUUACAAGAAAAAGGUAAAUCACUGUCAAUUGAGCGAAACUUGUUUAAUAAGUUAAACAGUUAUGGAUGAAGAAGAUGAUGCAAAUGCCUUUUUUUUGAAAUCAAUAAGAAAAGAGCUAAUAACAAUCUUAGAAGGAGUUGACGAUAAGGAUGAAGCGAAGUUUAGAGAAAGUGGGCUCGCAGCCAGCGAGUUUGUCCCCAACCGAAUGGGACCAAGUAAUUCAACUAUCGACAACGAUUUGGUAAACAUGCAUUUAAAUCUUAAGAAAAGCUACGAGUUAUUCCAAACGAUUGGAGAUCGAUUAGAAAGCAUAAAUUUUUGCUGUCUAAAAUCUCGAAUUAAGGACUUGCAUAUAAAUGACAAAAGCGACGAAAGCAUAAAGGAAAUCGUCGAUGACUUCAAGAAAUGCUAUGACCAGAAACGUAUGGAAGCCCGCCUUAUUGACCUGACAAAGAAAGUAGGCACGAAAUUUCGCAAACACCCAGGAGAAUUUGGUGACAUACCAGAAUUAAGCGAAUUUUUCAUGGCUUGCACACAGCUGCAGCAUGGUUUAGAGAAACUGAAGAAGCAACGCAAUGAGAUACAAGAUAUAACGAGACGCAUGAAUCACGUUGUGGAAAUGUCGUACGAUCGGGCCAACGAAAUUCAGCAGAAGUUGGAAGCAGAUCCAACAUUUGCAAAAGUCAAAAUUGCUAACGAAAAAGUAGAGGAAUUGAAUUUGGAGGGCACAAAAUAAUUGUUAUGGCCGUCUAUUCGAUUCCUAGAGUGAAAUUAAAAUCAAAAAUAAAUUUUAGUCUAUUUAUCAAA